CACCCUGGAAUCAUCACCUGGAAAAUGCGUCUUGUUAUCUUAAUAACGUUGGCAACAGUCGCCACCGCAUAUGAAUUCGUGGAAGGCGAGGUUACAUGGAAUCUUGAUCGUAUCGAUCAAUCAAAAGCUGUAUGGCCAAAGUGGAAUCCCGAAGUUGCAGAAUAUGACCCAAUAGGUACCGGGACCGGCAGUGUUGUUUACAUUCUCAGUACUGGAAUACAGGGCACACAUAAUAACUUUGGACCAGGAAUUGUACGCCAGACGGUGAUAUAUGAUUUCGACCCAAACAAUGUGCCUUCAGGUUCCGAUACAGAUGGUCGUGGUACAGCGUUGACUGGCGUGAUUGGUGGGUUAUAUACAGGAGUUGCCACUGAUAUUGAAAUUGCUACUGUGAGAGUUUCUGCAGAUCCGGCUUCUGCAAAUAUAACAUAUGUUCUGGAAGGGAUGCAAGCAGUUCUUGAUGACUAUGUUAUGAGGAAAACGGCCAAUCCUACAAAUUAUCAGCGUGGUGUCGCUAUCGGCAGUGUAUCUCUUGAUGUAUCAGUCGACCCAGCAGGUGCAGCUGCUUUGGAGGACCUUGUGGCUCAAAUGGUAGCUGAAGACCUAGUAAUUAUUGGCAGUGUUGGAGAGAGUUUUCAAGCAGAUUGCAUGAACUUGACACCAGCCAGAUUGUAUGCAGAUAAUAGUAUCAUUAUUGCCGGGGGAAUAGACGGAUUGGACUAUAAAGACCCUGUGUCAAAUGCUGGCGAAUGUGCUGAAGUAUGGGGACCUAUGCAAGAGAUUUGGAGUUCGGCAAUUGAUCCAAAUGACAAUUCUAGGGUUGAUUACUACGCGCUUACUGAUCAUAGACUGAUAUUUGCUACUGCUCAUGUGGCAGGCGUUGCAGCUGUCAUACGUAGCUACUGCCCAAAUACUCCGAGCAACCUCGUAGGAACAAUGGUUAUAGAGUAUGCCUUAGCAAAUGGUGGGACAGCACUUAUGCCUGGUACCGAAGAAGAGUUAGGUCCAGUUAUUCGUAUUGCGACCUCCAAAGAAACUCCCGUUUGCUACUAACCUUAAUUCUAAUUAAUUCAGUAAUGUAAAUGUGAAUUCAAAUAAAUCUAUGUAUGCAUAAUA